AAUCCAACUGAUUCUGUUGUUGUUUGCGCACGUACUGAAGAUGAUGUCAAUUUCCUUGAAGUUUGGAUACUUGAAGAUGCCAAUACCCGUGAUAUGAACUUGUAUAUUCACCAUGAUAUCAUUAUUCCGGAAUUUCCACUCUGCACGGCUUGGCUGGAUUGUCCCCUUAAAGGAGGAGAAAAAGGAAACUUCUUGGCUGUUGGUUCAAUGGGACCCUCCAUAGAAAUUUGGGAUCUUGAUGUUAUUGAUGAGGUAGAACCAUGUGUGGCGUUGGGUGGCAUAGAGUCAAGCAAAACAUGGAAAAAUGGGAAAAAGGUUUGUUAAACAUUGUGUUAAUCAAUCAGCAUAAAAUUAUUUGGUUACCUCUUUUGUUUUGGAUUUGCUGGUUACUAAAUUGUGACAAAAUUAUUAAGUCACAUGUGAUAUUCUGUUUGUAUGGUCUGCUGUGUGAAAAUUUAAAUUCUAUUGCCCGUCUAUCUAUCU